CCGCUCUGAGGCUCCGGCCUCCGCUUCCCGGCGCCCCGACGCUGCGGGCGACAGGGCCGGGCUCCGGCAGCCGCCUCCGUCGCCGCCGCCACCACCCGGAGGACCGAGCAAAAGUUUGGAUCUGGGGGAGGACGCGACGCUGAGCGGGAUUACUACCAGGGCUGGAAGGAGACCUCAAGAAUCUUCGCAGGCAAAAGGUAAUAUGAAGGCUACUUUCCAUAUCGGGGCCGAUAUUGUCUGUGGACUUAGCGGUAUGACCUUAUUACAUCUCCAACGAAAGGAUCCCCCAAAUAUUUUGAGCCCAAGUCAUGCCCUUCAAAGCUACCAAGGGCAGAUGAUCACAGAAGAACAUCCCGCAGGCCUCUUCCGUGAGAGGUGUGGUCCCUCUCGUUCCCUCUAGGAGCUCAGCCAGUGUUUCAUGAAGAUACUGUUGAUGAUUCUGCCACAGCGUGGGAUUUCCUGGUGUAGACAGCAGCUCAACGAAUUAGAGGAAUAGGAUCAUUGUUUUUCAGGUAAGGAAAGGGAGGCUUACAGAAGUGCCGUCACAUGCACAGGAUCAUGUGGCUCGGUUUCCCUCCAGAGAUGUUCUUGGGACUCACCACUCUUCCCCAGGGCUGUGCUGUCCAUUGCCAUUAAGAGGUUAGAUGUCAGGGUACAGGUUAGAUCCCAUGCCCUGGGCUUCCCCGGGCAUCAGCAGCUUUUAGUGGCUUUCCUGUCUCCUUCACUCUCGCUUCAUGUCAGAUGGACAGGGCUUUUUAUCUGUCUCAAGAAGCCCAUAGGAUUUGAGCAAAAAUGUUGACUUUCUUGCAUCUCUGCCAGAGUUUCUCCCUUCCCUCCCCAGAAAUGUCAACAAAUCUCUUCAUGCUGCUUCCUCAUUUCUGUUCUUCAAAGUGUUUCUGCCAGACAGACAGACCUUGUCUGUCCCAGCUCCGACUCUUCAGGGAUGGGUAAGAAGAACUGGUACAUCCUUUUCCCCUGGUGAAAAAAGUGCAUCAACUCUGAAAAUAAACGGAAUCUGAUUGCAGACUGAACUUAACCAAGUUCAUAGGCUGAUCCACACUGACCUGACCAACCACAGAAGAAGGGAUUCUGCCUACCCAACUGGGCCCCUUUUGACCGCUGAUAACUUGGCUUCACUUGUUGCCUGGGUGGAAAGUUCUCCCUAUUGAAAUUUUUUUGCACAUGGAGGACAAUAGCAAAGAGGGCAACAUAGGCUGAUAAGACCAGAGACCACAGGAAGAUUCUUUGACCUUAGCCUUCGGGACUUUUCCUCUAGCUGGAGUUCUGGACUUUAACAGAACUGCAUUCAAUCAUUUUGGUUUUGCUAUCUGUUUUUUUUUUUUUUUCUUUUUCUUUUCACUACCACAUCGUAUUUUAUUUCUGUACUUCAGAAAUGGGCCUACAGACUACACAGGGGCCCAGCCAGGGGGCUUUUUUCCUGAAAUCUUGGCUUCUCAUUUCCCUGGGGCUCUACUCACAAGUGUCAAAACUCCUGGCGUGCCCUAGCGUGUGUCGCUGCGACAGGAACUUUGUCUACUGUAACGAGCGAAGCUUGACCUCAGUGCCUCUUGGGAUCCCGGAGGGCGUCACUGUACUCUACCUCCACAACAACCAAAUUAAUAAUGCUGGAUUUCCUGCAGAGCUGCACAACGUACAGUCUGUGCACACCGUGUACCUUUAUGGGAACCAACUGGAUGAAUUCCCCAUGAACCUUCCCAAGAACGUCCGAGUUCUCCAUCUGCAGGAAAACAAUAUUCAGACCAUUUCACGGGCCGCCCUGGCCCAGCUCUUGAAGCUUGAAGAGCUCCACCUGGAUGACAACUCAAUAUCCACGGUGGGGGUGGAAGAUGGGGCCUUCCGGGAGGCCAUUAGCCUCAAAUUGUUGUUUCUAUCCAAGAAUCACCUGAGCAGCGUGCCUGUGGGGCUUCCCGUGGACCUGCAAGAGCUGAGAGUGGAUGAGAAUCGAAUUGCCGUCAUAUCAGACAUGGCCUUUCAGAACCUCACGAGCUUGGAGCGUCUGAUCGUGGAUGGAAACCUCCUGACCAACAAGGGCAUUGCCGAGGGCACCUUCAGCCACCUCGCCAAGCUCAAGGAAUUUUCCAUUGUCCGGAAUUCGCUCUCCCACCCCCCUUCUGACCUCCCAGGUACACACCUGAUGAGGCUCUAUCUGCAGGACAAUCAGAUCAACCACAUCCCUUUGACAGCCUUCUCGAAUCUCCGGAAGCUGGAACGGCUGGAUAUAUCCAACAACCAGCUGCGCGUGUUGACUCAAGGGGUCUUCGAUAACCUCUCCAACCUGAAGCAGCUCACUGCUCGGAAUAAUCCUUGGUUCUGUGACUGCAGUAUUAAAUGGGUCACGGAAUGGCUCAAACACAUACCCUCAUCUCUCAACGUGCGAGGUUUCAUGUGCCAAGGUCCUGAACAAGUCCGGGGGAUGGCGGUCCGGGAGUUGAAUAUGAAUCUGUUGUCCUGUCCCACCACGACCCCCGGCCUGCCUCUCUUCACCCCAGCCCCAAGUUCAGCUUCGCCCACGACUCAGCCUCCCACACUCUCUGUCCCGACCCCUAGCAGAAGCUAUGCGCCUCUAACUCCCAUGGCAUCGAAACUCCCCACGAUUCCCGACUGGGAUGGCAGAGAAAGAGGGACCCCGCCUCUUUCUGAACGGAUCCAGCUCUCUAUCCAUUUUGUGAAUGACACCUCCAUUCAAGUCAGCUGGCUCUCUCUCUUUACUGUGAUGGCGUACAAACUCACAUGGGUGAAAAUGGGCCACAGUUUGGUGGGAGGCAUCGUUCAGGAACGCAUUGUCAGUGGUGAGAAGCAGCAUCUGAGCCUGGUCAAUUUAGAGCCCAGAUCCACUUAUCGGAUUUGUUUAGUGCCACUGGAUGCAUUUAACUACCGAGCUGUAGAAGACACCGUUUGUUCUGAGGCCACCACCCAUGCCUCCUAUGUGAACAAUGGCAGCAACACGGCUUCCAGCCACGAGCAGACGACUUCCCACAGCAUGGGCUCCCCUUUUCUGCUGGCGGGCCUGAUCGGGGGCGCGGUGAUAUUUGUGCUUGUGGUCCUGCUCAGUGUCUUCUGCUGGCAUAUGCACAAAAAGGGGCGCUACACCUCCCAGAAGUGGAAAUACAACCGAGGCCGGCGGAAAGAUGACUAUUGCGAGGCAGGCACCAAAAAGGACAAUUCCAUCCUGGAGAUGACAGAAACCAGCUUUCAGAUCGUCUCCUUAAAUAACGAUCAGCUCCUUAAAGGAGAUUUCAGACUGCAGCCCAUUUACACCCCAAAUGGGGGCAUUAAUUACACAGACUGCCAUAUCCCCAACAACAUGCGAUACUGCAACAGCAGUGUGCCAGACUUGGAGCACUGCCAUACGUGACAGCCAGAGGUCCAGCAUUACAAACGCGGACAGUAAGACUCUCGAGAACACACUCGUGUGUGCACAUAAAGACACGCGAAUUACAUUUGAUAAAUGUUACACAGAUGCAUUUGUGCAUUUGAAUACUCUGUAAUUUAUACGGUGUACUAUAUAAUGGGAUUUAAAAAAAGUGCUAUCUUUUCUAUUCCAAGUUAAUUACAAACAGUUUUGUAACUCUUUGCUUUUUAAAUCUUAAAAAAAAAAAAAAAAUAGUUGCUGAAGUACUGUACAGGGUUGUACAAUGAGAACCCAACGCCAAGGUAAAAGAACGAGUGAUUCUUCCUCCUGAUGCAAUUCGCCAGUUUGCUGUUGAAGCUUCAGAACAAAUUCCUUUCCUAGAAUUGGUGGUCAGAUGAAAGGGCAGAGUUAAAAUGAACUCAUCAGGGUAGGAUAAAUAAUAGGCAUAAAACCAGAAAUGACCCCAGAUAUCUUCACGCUAUUUGUAUACUUCCUGGUCUGGAAGAAAAGUGAAAACUUCUAGAAUACAAGAAAGGAGGUAGUCACCCUGAUUUGACCCAAAGGAGGAAAUGCAGAAAACAUCUCUUGAGGAAGUCAGUUCCUGUGAGAUAAGUUAACCCAUCCUGGCAGAAUCAAGAAAAUGAGAUAAGAUUUGAAAAGACAGUCAAACCCAGGGGUUGGCUUUCUGACUGGGAACUUGAAAAUCACUCUUCAGGCUUCCCUGGCCCUAUGUGAAACGGUGAGAGACCUGAGUCUGAUUUCAGUCAUCUUCCGGGGGCAGGUAGGAUGUCCCAGCAAGAAAACUCCCUUUAAAAGUGUUACUGUUCAAAUCAUAUGUCAGGUUGAAUCACAUUCAUCAGAGAUAUAUUCUAGAAUACUUUUUUUAGAAGAGGCUAAUAAAAUAAUGGGAAGAAUUAUAUUGAAUGGAAUUAUUUUUGAUAAUGAGAACUAUCUGGGUAGAUUCACUGAAGCUAUGUCAACAUGAUAUUUAGACCAACAAGGGAUCAAUGUUUGGAAUAUACUAAACUUGUUAUGUAAAAAUUAUUGAUACCAUUUAGACAAAAGCAAGUGAUCAGUGGUUCUGUUAUACUAUAUCAACUAACUUUGUUAGUAUCAUGUUGAAAUAGCUUGAAUUAAUACCUUUAUCCCCUCGGAAAUUCUUGUCUUCCAAUCACCUCACGUAUAUUUUCGUAAUUAGCUGUAGAGGCAACAUUUGUCAUUCCCCCUCUGCUCAAAAUUCAAAAGAAAAUCAUGGAUGCCAGUCUUGGUUGCACAAAAUAUCCAUAUACACUUUAAAAUGUAUACUAAUUCUCCUUGCGAAUAAUUCUGUAAGGACACAUCAAAGCUGGCGAAAUAACGUAUUUGUUUAAAAAGCAAUACCAAGUUUCCACCUUGAACUGACUUUGACCUUCUAUUUUAUAAAUUUCAUUUAUUCCUUUCAGUCGUGGAUGUUCCUCUUCUUU